CCAGAGCCCUCUCGCGGCCGCGGCAGCAGCAGCGCCCGCCCCGGCUGCAGUCCGGCCGCCGCCGCCGCCGCCGCCGCCUCGCCCCCCAGCCGCCCGGGCAGACAUGAGUGAGGCGGCUCGGGAUCCUUCGCCCGGAGCGUCGCCGGCCGUGGCCGCGGCCGCCUCGGAAGAGAAGAAGGGCAAAGAGCCGGAGCGGGAGAAGCUGCCGCCCGUCGUGCCGGCCGGCGCAGCCGCGGUAGGUGGCUUGGACAGAGGAUCCAAGAGCCAGAUUUCCAGUUUGAGCAGCUUUGUUUCGACAGUUACCCAGAAGAAAGAAGCUGCUGAAAAUAGAAGUUCACCUACCCAUCUGGCUCUCCCUAACAUCAGGAAUGUGAGAGACCUACCACCAAUUUGUCUUGAUGUUAGACAAAAACAGCGUAUGUCUAUGGAUGCAUUACCAUCUGAAGUGAAGGUCCCAGCCCUUCCAGAACCUACCCUUCCUAGUCAACCCAAAAGUGUGAAAGACUUUGAGGAAGAUUUAGAAAAAGCUGAGUCAACAGGAAAUUGGAAAACAAUACACACUUUUUAUAUAACAGCAUUUGAUUCCUUCCCAGAAUUAAAUGCUGCAUUUAAGAAAGAUGCCACUGCUUCAUUUGAUACAAUUGAGGACUCUGGGGUUAAUGCUGAUUUGGUGAAUGCUGUAUUUGAUGCCUUACUUAACACUCCUCAAGAUAUUCAAAAGUCAGUAUUGAAGGGAAUCAUUAACAGCCUGUUACGAGAAUGGAAAGGCCCACGAACAAAAGAUGAUCUUAGAGCAUAUUUUAUACUGUUACAGAAUCCUCAAUUUAAUAUCACAUCUACAUACGUCAUCUAUGCUCAUUUGCUACGACAGAUAGCUACCCUAGUGGAAGCUGACCAUCAUUUCCUAGUUCACUGGCUUAAAAAAUUAUCCCAGAAGAAAUUCAAGCAGCUGGUAGAGAGGCUCCUGCAGUUCAUUUCUCUGCGCCUGUUUCCGGCAAAGCCGGAAGAAUUUCCACCUCUGACAAAGUGUUCCUGGUGGAUCCCAUCAGCCUCCAAAGUGCUGGCUUUACUCAAUACUGCCAACAAUUUGAUUCAUCCCCCCCUUAUUCCUUACACUGAUUUCUAUAAUUCUACCUUGGAUCACAUUGAUCUCAUGGAAGAGUAUCAUACUUGGCAGAGCUUUGGAAAUUCUCACAGGUUUUCCUUCUGUCAGUACCCAUUCGUUAUUUCUAUAGCUGCAAAAAAAAUCAUUAUUCAGAGAGACUCAGAACAACAGAUGAUAAGCAUCGCAAGGCAAAGUCUGGUGGAUAAAGUUUCUCGAAGACAAAGACCUGACAUGAACAUGUUAUUCCUAAAUAUGAAAGUAAGGCGGACACAUCUGGUUAGCGACUCACUUGAUGAGUUAACCCGGAAAAGAGCAGACUUGAAGAAGAAGUUGAAAGUUACAUUUGUAGGUGAAGCUGGUUUGGAUAUGGGUGGCUUGACCAAAGAAUGGUUCCUUCUUCUAAUUCGCCAGAUUUUCCAUCCAGAUUAUGGCAUGUUUACAUACCACAAGGAUUCGAACUGCCAUUGGUUUAGCAGCUUUAAAUGUGAUAACUAUUCUGAAUUCCGAUUGGUUGGAAUUCUCAUGGGACUAGCUGUUUAUAACAGCAUCACCUUGGAUAUUCGUUUUCCUCCCUGCUGUUACAAGAAAUUGCUGAGCCCUCCCAUCGUACCCAGUGAUCAGAAUAUACCAGUAGGCAUCUGCAGUGUUACCAUUGAUGACUUGUGUCAGAUUAUGCCAGAAUUGGCUCAUGGAUUAAAGGAACUCUUAUCAUAUGAAGGCAAUGUUGAAGAAGAUUUCUAUUCAACAUUCCAGGUUUUUCAAGAAGAAUUUGGAAUAAUUAAGUCCUAUAACUUAAAGCCAGGGGGUGAUAAGAUUCCAGUUACCAAUCAGAAUAGAAGAGAAUAUGUACAACUCUAUACAGACUUCCUUUUGAACAAAUCCAUCUAUAAGCAGUUUGCUGCAUUUUACUGUGGAUUUCAUAGUGUGUGUGCUUCAAAUGCCCUAAUGCUGCUUCGUCCAGAAGAGGUUGAAAUUCUGGUUUGUGGAAGUCCUGAGCUGGAUAUGCAUGCUCUGCAGAGGAGUACUCAAUAUGACGGCUAUGCGAAAACAGACCCGACUAUACGAUACUUUUGGGAUGUUGUGCUUGGAUUUCCUCUUGAUCUUCAGAAGAAGUUGCUACAUUUCACUACAGGAAGUGACAGAGUACCUGUGGGAGGGAUGGCUGAUUUGAACUUUAAAAUUUCAAAGAAUGAAACAUCUACUAACUGGUUACCUGUGGCACACACUUGCUUCAAUCAACUCUGCCUUCCCCCAUACAAGAGCAAAAAAGAUCUGAAACAGAAACUGAUAAUUGGAAUCUCAAAUUCAGAAGGUUUUGGACUUGAGUAACCUAGAAGACUUGAAAUACAAUAUUUUAUAUGUAGCAUUCACUUCCCUCUUAUUGUGCCUUUAACAUUUUCAUUUUUCUGUUUCAAAACACUUUCACAAAGCUCACCACUUUUAAAAUUAUGAGGGUUUUUUUUUUAUUUUACUCAAAUACAAAAUAUGUGUAGUGAAGGCAUGAUUUAAAAAAAAACAGAAAUUUAUUAAUAGAGUAAAGAAAAGAGCAUAUGGUAGAAACAAGCCUGGGUCCAGUGCUCUUUUUUAUAGCAUUUUGUUUUCCAUAUGUGGGUAAUCACAGGUGUCCACUGGGAUGGCCAUAUGCAGUAAAGAAUGCAUUAUGACAUGAUAGAACCCAGUGGCAAUGUGUGCUGGCAGCACACUGUAGCAAAGCAGAUAGCUACAUUAUCUUUACCAUAAAGCAUGUAGCCAUAUUUUCAUACAAAGGUAAACAACAGUAUAAUUGCAAAUGCAGUUUACAGGGUCUUUUGAUAUAUUGGUUUGGGGUCCUAUAAGAUCUUUUCAACUGUUGCUGAAAAGCAUGUAAAUAACUAUAUAACAGCCUAAGAAUCAUGGGAUUUUGAUAGUGCCAUUUAUUGCUAAAGAUUUAUUUUUACAAAGUAAAUUUAGGGUUUUAGAUGUGUAUACAGCUUUUACAAAUCAAUAAAGAUGAUUGUACAAGAGUAUUUUCAGACCAAUUGGAUUCAAGGUUAUAUUCUUUUAAGUAUUGUUAGUCAGCAUGCUCCCUGGCAGUAAAUCGGUUACUUGAGUAUUCUGUACUGUUUCUACAAUGGUCAUUUCUUCUUAAAAAUCAAGUUAGAGAAAAUUAGACUGAGCUAGUCAUUGACUACUUAAUUAAUUACAAGCACAAAAAAAAACUGCCAUUUUAUAUGUUUUGAUGUACAACUUAUCUAUAUUUCUGAUCAUCAGUUAUAUGGAAACUCUAAUCUUUGGAAAAUGUGGGGUAAGUUAUUUGACAAAAGUGAAAUACAAUAAAAAACAUUUGUGUCAAAAUGAUGUGCUUGGUAUAAAAGAGAAGUUUGAAAUUUUGGCUAAAAUGUUUGUUUUUCACUGGAUUCUAAAUAUAGUAAAUUCAAAAGUACCCUUGUUUUCUACUUCUAAUAAAGUAGCAUGUAAAAACUGCA